GCACGCACGCACGCACGCGCACACACCCAUCCUCCUACUCCUCCCACCCCGGACGGCGGUACGGUGGCCCGCGAGGGAGGGGAAGGCCUGAAGAAGCGCGAGCGCGCUCCGGAGAAGGAGGCGGAGAGGCGCAUGCGCGAGCAGGACGGCCGGGGAAGGCCACCACAGACAUGUGCUCUCAGUACUGCAUCUCUUUGGCUGAUGUUAAAAAAGCUCACUGUGACAUUGAGGACCUCGUGCACGUCACCCCCAUCCUCACAAGUUCCAUUUUGAAUCAGUUGGCCGGCCGGAAGCUUUUCUUCAAAUGUGAAUUCUUCCAGAAGACUGGGUCCUUUAAGAUCCGGGGGGCCCUCAAUGCCAUCUGGAACUUGACUUCCAGCACUUCAGGAGAUGGGAAGAAACCCAAAGCUGUGGUCACUCACAGCAGUGGGAACCACGGCCAGGCACUCAGUUAUGCAGCCAGACUGAAAGGAAUUCCUGCCUAUGUUGUGGUCCCAAGAACAGCUCCUUCCUGUAAGAAGUCAGCAAUCCAGGGCUAUGGAGCUGCCAUAAUAGACUGUGAGCCCAGCGAUGAGUCAAGAACAACUGUGGCAGCAAGAAUUGUGAAGCAAACUGAAGGGACGAUGGUACACCCCAACCAGUCCCCAGCUGUGAUGGCGGGCCAUGGCACCAUUGCUCUGGAAGUGCUUGAGCAGGUUCCCAUGGUAGAUGCCCUGGUGGUACCUGUAGGGGGUGGAGGGAUGAUCUCAGGAAUAGCAGUUACAGUCAAGGCUCUGAGACCAGAGGUGAAAGUGUAUGCCGCCGAGCCCUGUAACGCAGACGACUGCUUCCAGUCCAAGCUUAAAGGGGAGCUAACCCCUAACCCUUCUCCACCAGUCACCAUAGCAGACGGGGUUAAAUCAAGCAUUGGGCCCAACACUUGGUCUAUUAUAAGGGACCUGGUGGAUGAAGUCUUCACUGUCACAGAGGAUGAAAUUAAGCACGCCACCCAGCUGGUGUGGGAGAGGAUGAAGAUUCUCAUUGAGCCCACAGCCGCAGUGGGAGUAGCUGCUGUGCUGGGCGAUCGGUUCCAGAAGGUGGUGCCCGCUGCCCUAGACGUCUGUGUGGUUCUCAGUGGGGGGAACGUGGACUUGACCUCCCUGAGAUGGCUGAAGCAACCGGAGCGUGAGGAGGCUCAGCACCCUCUAAACUGAUGAAGAGACGCCUGUGCUUUCCCUCUGCCCAUCCCUUUCCUUUAGGAGCCCCAGGGGAGGAGAGAGCUCAGGCCAGGCACCAGGGCCACACUUGGCAAAGGG